AUGGCGACUGCGAAAACCAUGCUAAGGCGUUAUGUGGUGGUGGCGACGCGGCGUCGUCACGCUUCUUUUCUUCGACCGCCACUCGCACUAGCGUUCUCGUCAGCGAAAGGCACGGAGCGCAACACGGUGGAAGUGGUGCACACGAAGCCACAGACGAGUUACGUGCAGAUAGAGCAGGACAUUGCCGCGUUGCAGCGCGAGAUCCGCACGGCUUACCACUCAGGAGCUUAUCAAACUGCCCUGGACGCUGGACUGGAAUGUCGAGACCUGGUCAAGUCGCACUUUGGAGAGAACCACGCCGUCUAUGCAAGCACCGUGACUAAUAUCGCGCUCAUGCACAAAAAUAUGGGCCAGCUGGACGAGGCCAUUGAGGCCUACGAGUUUGCACUGCAGACAUACAAGGCCACGGUGGGGGAGCAGCACGCGUCGUUCGCCACGACGCUCUACAACUUGGGCCUUGUUUACCGUGCUCUCGCGCUCGCGAGUUCCGGUCUUGAUCGGGUGACUGCACUGCACCGGGCGCUUGAUUGCAUCCAAGAGUCGCUCAAGAUCCGGCGAGAGAUUCUUGAGCCAGGGCAUCCGGAUAUUGCUCUUAGUCUGAGCAACCUGGGCGUGAUUUACUGGCAGAACAAACAGCAGGACAAGGCGUUUGCAGUGCUGACGGAAGCUGUCGAGAUGCUGGAACGCAAGACGGGACCGGAGAGCGUACUCACGGCUCUGGCGAAGAACAAUCUCGCGUACGCCAGAAAAGAGGCACGUGAAUAUGACGACGCUAUCAAGCUGUACGAAGAGGUACUGAGUGUGCGGAAGCAGGUGCUUGGCACGACGCACAAUGAAACGAUCAUGGCACGUCAUAAUCUGGCAGAGGCCUAUCGCUCGAGCGGAAACGAGGACAAGGCGGUUGAGGUUCAGAACGAGAUUCUGGAUCUCUUUGACGCUGAGCUAGGACCCGACGAAACAAAGUAG